GUCUCUCUCUCUCUCUCUCGCGGUGAGAUGUGACUCGAAUACACUUCCAACGUGAGAGCUUUCGCCAUAAUAAUUAUAUAAUAAUACCUCCAAAAAUAUAUAAACCCUCCGAAGAGCUCUUUUUUUUUUUCCUCACUCGUCUUCGGCAAUUGUUGGAAGAUCCCUCGAAAUCUCGCUUUUUUCUUCUCCCCUUCCUCCUCUUAUUCGCCCCCUGAAAUUCUUGAUCCUACUGUCACUUGCUUCUUACUAUUCCAUCAGCUUCUUCUUCUUCUCUCUCUCUCUCUCUCUCUCUCUCUCUCUCUGCUUGGUCUAGAACAUUCUUUGAUUCCACGUCGGGUGAGGUUCCAAUUCGAUUUCCUAUUUGCUUCGGCAUUGUGCAUAGAUCGAUUGGUUUGACCCAAGUUUUCUUGAAUUCUGCACCCGGGUUUGCGUCGUCUCCCUGGCUUUUGACUUGGGUUUGUCCUGAAGUUGCACUUAUCGGUUGAGACAGGGGGAGCUUCUGUUUCCACGAUUGAACCCUUCUUUAUUUGGAGAUUCGGGGAUGUCUUGCCGGGUGAAUUAGGUUUUGCGAUCUGAAAUUGGGGGAGAAAUAAGAAAGGAGAUCUGGGGUUUAGGUCAACAGAAUCGGGACAAUCGAGGAUGAUCUUAUUGUCGGUAUACUAAAUCGACGGUUUGGAUCCGAUCGGAGGAGAGACAGCGCCAUCAGAUGGCGCUGUUCCGACGCUUCUUCUACAAAAAGCCUCCAGAUCGGCUUCUCGAGAUCUCCGAGCGUGUCUAUGUUUUCGACUGCUGUUUCUCCACCGAUGUUCUUGGAGAAAAUGAGUACAAGGUGUACUUGGGAGCUAUUGUGACACAGCUACAGGACUAUUACCCGGAUGCUUCUUUCAUGGUGUUCAACUUUAGAGAAGGGGAGAAGCGGAGUCAAAUUUCAGACAUAUUAUCUCAAUACGACAUGACAGUAAUGGAUUAUCCUCGGCAAUAUGAGAGCUGUCCGAUAUUACCUCUGGAAAUGAUUCAUCACUUCCUACGAUCAAGCGAAAGCUGGUUAUCAUUGGAAGGACAACAGAAUGUACUGUUAAUGCAUUGUGAGAGAGGAGGUUGGCCCGUUCUUGCCUUUAUGCUAUCGGGACUUUUACUGUACAGAAAGCAGUAUAAUGGCGAGCAGAAGACACUUGAAAUGGUGUACAAGCAAGCCCCGAAAGAACUUCUUCAUCUUUUAUCUCCUUUGAACCCGCAGCCUUCUCAACUCAGAUAUCUUCAGUACAUUUCGAGAAGAAAUCUGGGUUCUGAUUGGCCUCCUUCAGACACGCCUCUUCUCUUGGAUUGUCUGAUUCUUAGAGAUCUUCCACGUUUUGAAGGGGGAAAAGGGUGCAGACCAAUUAUACGAGUUUAUGGUCAGGACCCUAAAGCACGAACCAACAGGAGUUCCGUACUUCUGUUUUCCACUCCAAAAACAAAGAAACAUGCUCGUCUCUACCAACAGGAAGAGUGUACACUGGUGAAAUUGGAUAUGCAUUGUCGUGUUCAAGGGGAUGUUGUGCUCGAAUGUAUACACCUGCAUGAUGAUUUUGUGCACGAGGAGAUGGUGUUCAGAGUCAUGUUCCACACGGCAUUUGUGCGGGCUAAUAUUUUAAUGCUCGGUCGUGAUGAGAUAGAUACACUUUGGGAUGAUAAAGACCGGUUCCCAAAAGAUUUUAGGGCAGAGGUGCUCUUCAUGGAUGCUGAUGCCAUUGUAUCCGUUAUCACAACAGCCCCACCGUCACAAGACGGGAAUGAUACAGAUGUCACUUCACCGGAAGAAUUUUUCGAGGUGGAGGAGAUUUUCAGCAGUGUGGUUGAUGGGCACCAGCUUAAUAAGGGAGACUCGGAUAGUUUUGUAGUUGUUGAAGCUGCUGCUUCAGAUGAUUCAGAGGGUAAAGAAAUGUGGAAGGAGGACAUGGAGCCCCAUGCAUUUCUAGAUUGUGCAUCUGAUGAUUCACAUCAUGAACAUGAUGUAGAUUCUGGAACAGAUUUGAUUAAGGAUAUCAGUGUUGAUGAUGUGAAGUACAGGUCAGAUGAGAAGGCGGAUUCUGAUGUUCAGUCAGUGAAGGAUAUAGGAGUAGAUGAUGGUGAUAAGCAGCGAAAGGAAAGCACAGUCGAGGUUAAGGAAAAUGAAGCUAGAACAGAAAAAAUCCAAGGCAAAGGCGAUGGAGAAGGCAAUCCUUUGCAGAAGGAUGUAGAAACCAAAGCUCAGAAAGCUAACAGCAUUCUGAACAAACCGAAAUCUGAAAAUGCACAAGCUACAGCCUGGAAACAGGUUGGAACAAAUGCGAAAACGGGUGCGGAUACGGUCAAGCAGAAGUCUAAGAUGCAAGAAAAUCAGGGUAGUAAUGUGAGAAUGGCAAAGCCAAAUGCAGUGUCUCGGUGGAUCCCAUCUAAUAAGGGCUCGUAUAAAGAUUCAAUGCAUGUGUCAUAUCCCCCAACAAGGAUUAACAGUUCUCCUGCUGCUACACUUACGAGUGCUCUCAAGGAUGGGAAAAGAGCUUCAUCUCCUGAUGGGGUUGCUCCGAAGGAUGCUAAGGCUAAAUAUUUGAGAGCUACAGUUUCUGCUCCAGAAAUGCGGAGUCGUUCUCCGAUUUGUUCAUCGCCAGCUUCUGUUGCAAAGGAAAAGUUGGCUUCUGCUCCUCCAGUUCAGGCCCCUCCUCCACCUCCGCCUCCUCCUCCACCUCCACCACCACGUCUAUCUUCUCUAUCCAGUGGGGCAACAUCAUUUUUGCAAUCUUCACAGGUUGUUGCAUCAUCGCCGCCUCCUCUGGCUCCACCUCCUCCACCGCCACCGCCACCGCCACCGCCACCCCUCCCAUACUAUUCAUUGAGCCAGAAUGAAAUCCACUUUCAGCCAUCCCACGUUUCUCGACCUCCGCCUCCACCUCCACCUCCACCUCCACCUCCGCCUCCACCUAUAUAUGCAUCCGAGAGGCUGAAUAGUGGAACCAUGGUACCUCCGACACCACCUCCACCACCUUGGAAAUCUAUACGUACUUCGUUUUUUCCAACUCCAUUGACAAGCUCCUCUUCUCUGCCAAUCCCUCCCCCACCACCUCCCCCUCCUUUUAGCUCACUGAUUAGUACAAAAGCAAAUGCAACUCAAGUUCCACCUCCACCUCCACCUCCACCUCCAAUCUAUGGUUCUGCAGCUCCUCUUCCACCCCCUCCUCCCCUGCCUAGAGUUGGGGUUCCAACCCCUCCACCACCUCCGCCUCCUCCACCUAGUAGAACAACUCCCCCUCCACCGCCUCCUCCUCCCUUUAAUCACAUAGUUUCGGCCCCUCCUCCUCCUCCUCCACUACCGGGUCACGGAGCUCCUUCUCCUCUACGUGGAGUUCCCCCUCCUUUCCGUGGAACUUCACCCCCUCCACCACCACCACCUCCACUUAGACCCGGAGCCCCUCCUCCACCUCCGCCUUCUUUUCGUGGACCUCCACCUCCACCACCUCCCCCCAUGCGUGGCGGUGCUCCAUCUUCACCUCCUCCUCCACUGCAUGUAGGCCCACAUCCUCCCCCACCUCCUAUGGGCAAAGGAGGGCCGCCACCCCCACCACCUCCUCCCAUGGGCAGGGGAGGGCCGCCGCCUCCACCACCUCCUAUGGGCAGGGGAGGACCGCCACCACCACCACCUCCCAUGGGCAGAGGAGGGCCACCGCCUCCACCACCUCCUAUGGGCAGGGGAGGGCCGCCGCCUCCACCGCCUCCUGGCGGUCGGGCUCCUGGUCCACCUCCACCUCCAGGUGCUCCAAGACCUCCUGGUGUUGGAGGUGCAAUUGAUCCAAGGGGUGCAGGACGAGGGCGUGGCCUUGCACGUCCAGGAUUGGGAGCUUCAACAGUAAAAAGAUCUUCUCUGAAGCCACUACACUGGAGUAAAGUAACAAGGGUCUUGCAGGGAAGCUUGUGGGAAGAAUUACAGAAACACGGAGAAGCACAAACAUCCCCAGAAUUCGACGUAUCAGAGAUAGAAACCCUUUUCUCUGCUACGGUGCCAAAGCCUGUUGAUAAAUCUGGUGGCCGACGGAAAUCAGUUGGUGCGAAACCUGAAAAGGUUCACCUGAUUGACCUUAGAAGAGCCAAUAACACGGAAAUUAUGCUUACAAAAGUCAAGAUGCCACUGCCUGAUAUGAUGGCUGCGGUUCUGGCAAUGGAUGAAUCUGUUUUAGAUGUUGAUCAAGUUGAGAAUCUUAUAAAAUUUUGCCCGACUAAGGAGGAGAUGGAACUUCUUAAGAACUACACUGGUGACAAGGAGACACUGGGAAAGUGUGAACAGUACUUCAUGGAGUUAAUGAAGGUUCCACGUGUAGAAUCAAAGCUCAGAGUGUUUUCUUUCAAGAUUCAGUUCGGCACUCAGAUUACAGAAUUCAAGAAAAGUUUGACGACUGUAAACUCUGCAUGUGAUGAGGUCCGUAAUUCGCAGAAGCUAAAAGAAAUUAUGAAGAAGAUUCUUUACCUCGGGAAUACAUUGAACCAAGGAACUGCCAGGGGCUCUGCAGUGGGGUUUAAGCUGGAUAGUUUAUUGAAACUAACCGAUACACGUGCUGCUAACAGCAAGAUGACUCUCAUGCACUAUCUUUGCAAGGUUCUUGCUUCCAAGGCACCGGCUUUGCUGGACUUUCACAAGGGUCUUGGCAGUCUUGAGGCAGCGACGAAGAUACAAUUGAAGUCUUUGGCCGAGGAAAUGCAAGCUAUUAUCAAAGGGUUAGAAAAGUUGAAGCAAGAGCUUACCGCCUCGGAAAAUGAUGGGCCCGUUUCUGAAGUUUUCCGUAAAACGUUGAAGGAGUUCGUUACUGUGGCUGAGAAAGAGGUGACAUCAGUCACGAACCUAUACUCUGUCGUGGGCAGAAAUGCCGAUGCACUUGCGCUCUAUUUCGGCGAGGAUCCUGCCCGUUGUCCAUUUGAACAAGUUACUGCUACCCUCUUGAAUUUUUCAAGGUUGUUCCAGAAAGCACACGAAGAGAAUGUCAAGCAGGCCGAGCUGGAGAGAAAGAAGGCGGAGAAAGAGGCCGAGAUGGAGAAAGCGAAAGGAGUCAAUCUAACCAAGAAAGCAGUAGACAGCUGACAACUUAUAAAAAUCUCAUAUCAUCCCCUUAUGUAUUGGUUCUGUUCAAGAACCUCUUCCUGAGCCAAGCUUUUGCAUUGGGCCGGAACUUUCAUGGCCUCGGAUCUGCAAAAAAAAAACUUCAACUCCGGCUUGACAACGAUGAACGGCUCGUCCUAGACAUGGACACAGAUCCUGAAAGGCCUGUUUCUGCCUGCAGAAAGACGCUUCUCCGACGGAAUUCGAGGAGAACGACGACCUUGACCCGUCUUCUGAACGAACUCCAAGCACAGGGAACUAAAACGCCGACGGGCCAUCAGGAUGGAAAAGGCAGAGAAGAUUCUCAGAUGUACGAUUGGAAGUACGUGUACAAAGCUCUAACCCUUACUCUCUAUAUCACGUUUUUUUAUUUAGGCAUUGAUAUUUGAUCUGUUUUAACUUGUAAAGUAGAAUGGUUCGUGGUCUCUUCCAUUAGAGGAAGUUGAUUUGUUGUAUAGAGAUGUUUAUGUCGGGAAUUCAGGUAGAGAGAGAGAGAGAGAGAGAGAGAGAGAACCUCCUCUUACCUCUUGUCAGGUAGUUUUGAUUUUGUAUCAUAAUACCAAAUGUUCGAGGAUUCACAUCGGAAACCGAUUGUUUUUUACUCAGUUCUGUUCUGUUUCUUGAUU